AGAAGUUGGUAUGAGUGUUUAUAAGUGAGAAGCUGCUGCUGCAGUCAUAUUUGAACUGUGUUCAGCGAGCUCUGCUCUCGGAUCCACCAUGAAGCUGAAUGUGAUUGUUCCUCUGUGUGCUUUGAUCACCCUCACCCAACAGGCACCUUCAAGUGAAACUUGUUUUUGUGAGUUUACUAAUUCAGAGAGGGCGUUCCCUCAUGACAAACUCAGCACAGCGGAGGACAGUGCAUCAAGAUGUAACACCAACAUCACCCCACAGAAGGAAUGCUGAGUGGUGUCUCCUCUCUCUACAGACCCUGGAGCUGGAGAGUCUGAUGCUGGGUUUGGAACGACGGCUGCCCCGGCUGGAGGAAGACGUAGCGACCCUGGAGAGGGAGGAUGACGGAGAGCUCUAUGGAGUUAUCAGCCUGCAGGUGGUCCAGAAUGAACUGGCAGAUAUAAUGGAGCUUAUCACCAGGCUCAACAACACCACCCUGGAACAUCAGCGUCUUACUCAUGUCACCACUACAAAGCUGAAGGACCUGAAAGCAGAGAUGCAGGAGCUGGAGACGUUUGACACCAUGCAGGUGGUGAGGGGAAAAUUAGACAACCAGCGUCUUAGGACAGACCUGGACCAGUGCAGAAAUACAGUCCAUGACUCCACCAACACCUCUAAUUCUCCACAAGUCUCCCAAGGUGACUGUCCUCACGGUCAAUUUCGGAACAUUUCCGGGCCAAGGGUGUCCACAGCAGGAGAAUAUCCUGGGUCCUACAAGUAUGGAGCCUGGGGUCGGGAUCCCAAACCAGAGGCUGGGAAGGAGAGCUGGCAUUGGCUGGUAUUGUUGACCUCCGCCAACAAACACUCCAACUACGUCCGUCUCUACUCCAGCCUGAGCGCUCUCAUUGGUGGGGUGAGCACCCCAGGUAAUGUCCUGAUCCACACUGCAAACCCAACCACCAACACCAUCCAGGGUCCAAAUGUUGUUAUGUAUAGAGGGGCCUUGUACUACAACUGUUACAACCAAGAUGAAGUGUGUCGAUUCAAUCUCACCUCCAAAACUGUGGCCAACAUGAAACUACCCAAAGGUACCAGGUAUAACUCAAAGGGUAACUUCUGCCACCUUGAUGAAUGCUACCCAUUCACAGACCUGGACCUGGCUACAGAUGAGUCAGGUGUCUGGGUGACCUACACCACCAAACAGGACUUUGGCAACCUGGUGCUGUCCAAGGUGGAGGAUGAUGAACAGCUCAGACUUGGCCAAACCUGGUACACCUCAGUCUACAAGCAGGGCGUAACCAACACCUUUAUGGUGUGUGGUGUGCUCUAUGCGACACGGUUUGUUGACAAAGAAACUGAGGAGAUCUUCUAUUCGUUUGACACUACCACUGGGAAAGAAAAUUUCAACCUUGGCAUCUUCAUCAGAAAGAUGUAUCCCAACAUUUUGUCCCUGAACUACAGCCCUGUGGACCAGAUGCUACAUGCCUACUGUGACACCUACAUGGUCUCCUAUAAGGUUCUGUUUUCAUAAAAAGAUAAUGCAACAACAUCUUCUGUAAACGCUUGUAUUUCAAUAAGGGAUAACUUAACCCAGAUAGCAACGGAAUGGUGACACUUGGGCAGUCCAAUCCUAGUUGUCAGAUCUGAGGAUGGCUAUAGCAUGACCAUGUCAGCCAAGAGCUGAAUAUACUAAAAAUGACCCAGAUCUGGACCAUUGCUGGUUUAUUCUGGUGGGCUGGAUCUUGCUGAGACUUGGGUCAGUUGUAGUUUAUUUGUCUAAGUGCCAUCAUUCCACAUAGUAUGUGGGCAGGAUGAUGUGUCUGAUAUGGACCAGAUCUGGGACUAGUGUAAUAGAUACACUAGAUAAAUUAAGGCUUCAUACAUAUUUGCAUAUUCACAAUCUAUGUUUUCACAUACCUAUAUAUAUAUGAUAGUCCUGUCUAACUUUAGCCUAUAUUUUCAGCUUUGUUGUCCUUGUUCUGUUUAUGUCAUUUUCAUUUAUGCACAUUAAAAGAAAUGUUAAAAGUCAAAUUUAUUGUCUAUGUACACAUACUUGGUCAUUAAAGUUAGCGUUGAAAAUGC